AGGUUCACUUUGUGACAGGCAAUUCGGUCCUUGAUCCGUUGCGGCAUCAAGGCAAUUGAGUUGAUUGGUCUCCGCAAGGGGUCUCUCGCCUCUCUGUGGCUUUUUCUGCCAUGAAGCAAACAACAGCCAUCUUCAUUCGUCGUGUCUUAUGCAACGAUAAAGAUAGAGCCACAGCGCGAUCGAUCCACGAAUUAUUGCCUCCUCUUACAAGCUCUAAUGAUGUCGACCUUCAACUUUAUGCUAUCCUUGCAGUUAUCUUAAAGGAUUUUGUUUAUUCGUGGUACGCGAAAAUCACACCUGAUCAAAAUUUCGUCGAUGAGGUCAUACAAGUGAUCGCCCAUUGUACGCGAGCUCUGGAACAGCGCCUGCGGGCAGUGGACCUUGAGUCGGUCUUGCUUGACGAGAUUCCUGAGCUUCUGCUAAUGCAUAUUGAGGCGUACCGCAUAUCACAGUCCAAUUUAAUUUCACAAAAUCUCGAAUCAGACCCGAGAAAAAUCUACCAUUCAAUUCGUGCACAUCCCGCAUUAUCCCCUAUCCCGACGGAUGGCGUACCGUCGACCAUACUCGAACAAGAAGAAAACGAAAUCGCAUAUCGACAACUCCUCGCACAAGCAACACUUGCCAUACUCCUACCCACUGAAGACCUUGAAAGCGGCUGCCUCCGUGAACUUGUUGGCGGAGUCCUUGGUGAAACGAUCCUUGCUAAUGGUGUUGCUGGGAAGGCUUGCGAAGGUUGGCUUUUAUGGGAAGUCAUUGCCAAAAUAUUAGAGGAUAUAACACCGAUCUCUCGUUCGCCAGACGUGUUCGCAGGCAAGCAUAGCAAAAAUACAGCGUCCCCACAAGUGUCCGAAACUUGGUUGCCAGAAGAAUGGCCGAUAUCGGCCCUUAUCUGGAACGCUCUUCAUUACGUUUAUUUGGCAUUUACCGCACUGCGAUAUUUUAUUGGGGCUCUUUGGAUUUCGUCAUCACUUCCGGCGCGAUCACCACCCGCUAUCAUACAAACCAAGUUUGCGAAUGGUGCCGGCGAGGAACAAGGCUUAGAAACUGCGGUCAAUGAAGAUCAAAGCCAGCCGACCCCAGCUUCCAAGGAGCCCAUCCUUAGCAUGCGAAUCUGGUCUUGCGUGUCCCAUCUUCUACAGGUGGACAUUCGCAUGCCGUGGCUCUCCGGGUUAUUUUCCUUACUUCAAUGGGCAGCAAUGGUUGGGCCGGGAAGAUUGGGUAACACAAAUGGACGACUUGACAAGCUUCUCUCGCACUACAUUCAUCAGUGGAUGCAAGACUCCCUGUCGCUCCCUUCUCUUCUCCACUUGGUCCGCACGUCCCUCUUCCCGCAUAACGCGCUCGCGCCUGCGCGGGCCACGCCAUCGCCUGCGGAACAGGCCGCCAUCAAGUCCCGCUGUGCCGACGCCAUCAUCACCCUCGUCCCGCCCGUCGUGCUGAAGAACUUUUUGCGCACGGGCGACGGCGACAGCGACGGCAACGACUCCAUCCCCACCUCUACCUCCCUCGACCCUGACGCCGCUCAUCACGAACGCGCCUCCGGCGCUGGCGAUCAACAGGAGGACGCAGAUAGCAAACCUUGUAAGCAAACCGUUCGCACCACAAGUCAUAUUCGCAUGCGCCGCGAAAUCGAAGAAAAUGUUCUAGGCCUUCUCGACGAUCCCUAUUGCAACAAGCAUCUCAUUUACAGCAUUGUUGAGCUCAUCCUGGUCCGACUCAUGCCCGAACUAGGCGAGACUGGGGUCAAGGAUUUGAUGGAGGCACGGCUGGGAUAGUCUGAUAGUCUCUUCCUUUUUUUCUUGGUCCUUUCUUUUUCGGUUUAUUAGGAGAUUAUACAAGUCAAGAGGAUUAAACUGUCAUUUGAAGUAGAAGUAGAAAUUAUCAUGAGCUCGUAAUGAUGAAGAAUAGCACCCCCGGGAGAUAUGGUUUCAACUAAAUUGAUUUAAUUGUGACUUCUACCGGGAAUCCUGGGUUCUGAUCCCUUACAACGUUGGAAGAUGUCGUAUAUCCCGGAUAGACAUCGUCAUGGGUUAGUGGCCUGAUGAGGCAAACGGGGGAGGGGGAUGUUUAAUUUCAUAACGGGCCACACAAUCUUUUGGGCAAAUCAAUGCUUUUCCUUUUUCUUCGCCUCCCCCCUGCCCUGCUGCCCUGUUG